AUGCUAAUUUUUUAUCUAGCAGGUAAUACAAAUUUUUCUAAUGCCAAAAUUGAGGAAAAAUUGAAGGUAGAAGAUUAUGAAUUCAGUCUCUAUCGUGUUAUAUGCUACUAUGACUCUGGAAAUAAUGGGCAUUAUACAGCUUAUACUAAAGAUGGGAAUGUUUGGAGAUUGUAUAACGACUCAUCAGUAAGUGAUAAAAACUACGAUGCAGGAAAUAGCUAUUUAUUUUUUUAUUUAUUAAAUAAAGCAAGGACUUAA